GCAUCGCAAACUCGAAAAUCCCUAGAGAGAGAGAGAGAAGGAUGCUGAAGAGAGAGCAAGGCAAGUCCGGCGGAGCCGCCGGAGGAGUGGCGGUGACACCGGCGAAGAGAGGCCGUCCCUUCGGCAGCGGUAACAACAGUGCCUCCGCCGCCGCUUCCGCCGCGGAUUCGGCGGCUCCGUCAAACCUCCUUGGUCCUUCCCUUCACGUUCACAACUCCUUUGCCGAUCAGAACAAUAAAAGAAUUGUCUUGGCUCUUCAAAGUGGUCUGAAGAGUGAGCUGACCUGGGCGUUGAAUAUUCUUACGCUACUCUCCUUUAAAGAAAAGGAUGACAUGCGCAAGGACGCAACUCCCCUUGCAAAAAUUCCCGGCUUGCUUGAUGCGCUCCUUCAAGUUAUAGAUGAUUGGCGUGAUAUAGCACUCCCAAAGGAAUUAGCCAAGACAACGAGGGUGAGGACGUUAGGUGCAAGUUCUGUUGUAACUGGAUUUGGGUGUGAAUAUCAGGCGCUGGGCUCAACUGGUACUCACCACCGCCCUGGUGUAGGAUCUGGCUCUGCUGGUAUAGAAUCAACGCAGCAGAAUGGCGUGACAAAAUCUCGUUUUUCGGAGUUGUGGCUUGAUGAAGAUAGCCUAUUUAAUUUAGAUGAUGAAGGGCGAACAGAAAAACAGCAAUGUGCUGUUGCUACUUCAAAUAUCAUCAGGAACUUCUCUUUCAUGCCAGAUAAUGAAGUUAUAAUGGUCCAACAUCGCCAUUGUUUGGAAACAGCCUUCCAAUGCAUAGAAGAUCAUCUUGUAGAGGACGAGGAACUUGUAACAAAUGCCCUAGAGACCAUUGUUAACUUAGCUCCACUUCUGGAUCUUCGAAUAUUUAGUUCUUCCAAGCCUUCAUUUAUUAAAAUAACAGAAAAACGUGCAGUGCAGGCCAUCAUGGGGAUGUUGGAAUCUGCAGUCAAAGCCUGGCAUUGUGCUGCUGCUGAAUUACUUGGGCGUUUGAUCAUUAAUCCUGACAAUGAACCUUUCUUGCUUCCAUUUUUUCCACAGAUACACAAACGCUUAAUUGAUCUCAUCAGCAUGCCAGCUUUAGAUGCUCAGGCAGCUGCUAUAGGUGCACUCUAUAACCUUGCUGAAGUUAAUAUGGACUGCAGGCUGAAGAUUGCUAACGAGAGAUGGGCUAUUGAUCGUUUGCUUAAAGUGAUUAAGACACCACAUCCGGUUCCAGAAGUUUGCCGGAAAUCUGCCAUGAUAUUGGAGAGUCUCGUGUCUGAACCACAAAACAGAAGUUUGCUGCUAGCCUAUGAGAAUGCUUUUGCAGAGAUAGUUUUCACUGAUGGAAGAUAUUCCGAUACAUUUGCGAGGAUAUUGUAUGAACUAACAUCUAGACCAAGUAGCAAAGUCGCAGCGGCUCGUGGCAUAUGGGGUAUGUAAACAUCAAACUGUGAAAAGACUUUGAUUAGUGAUCAGUGCUAUAUAUAGUUCUGCAACUUGGAUAGCGUUUGGAUGACUGAUUCAUUUGAAGAUUCAAAAUGUACAUGUGUUCUGCCUAGGAUUGUACAAUACCUUGAGUGCAUUCAAGUUGUCAUGUACUCCAGUUGUAUGAUGAUAAUAUUAGAAUUAUUCUUCUAUUUAAGACGAUGUGAAGAUUAGAAACUUCAUUUCCUAGAUGUAUGGUUGGAAAGUGUUGUAGCACCUAUAUAGAAGGGAAAUGCUCAAUUCGUAGAA